AUGGCGCUGCCCGUGCUCCUCCUGCAGCUGGCCGUCCGCGUCCUGGCGUCCCCCCUGUACCUGCUGGACUUCCUGGGCGUGUGGAAAGGGAUCUGCAAAAGAUGCUUCCCCUUCUUCCUGGCGAGGUUCACCCCGGUGUGCAACAGGCAGAUGGCGAGCACGAAGCGCGGGCUCUUCGGCAGCCUGCAGGAGCACGCGGGCCCCUCGGGGGCGCUCUGCCUGCUGGAGCUGGGCUGUGGCACCGGCGCCAACUUCCAGUUCUACCCGCCCGGCUGCAGGGUGACCUGCGUGGACCCCAACCCCAACUUCGAGAAGUUCCUGAUCCAGAGCAUCGCCGAGAACCGGCACGUGCAGUUUGAGCGCUUCGUGGUGGCGGCCGGCGAGGACAUGCGCCCGGUGGCCGACGGCUCCAUGGACGCGGUGGUCUGCACGCUGGUCCUGUGCUCCGUGCAGAACCAGGAGCGCAUCCUGCAGGAGGUGCGCAGGGUGCUGAGGCCGGGAGGGGCCUUUUAUUUCCUGGAGCAUGUAGCAGCUGAGCGUUCCACCUGGACUUACUUCUGGCAGCAGGUCCUGGAGCCGGUCUGGUACCUCCUGUUCGACGGGUGCAGCCUGACCAGAGAGAGCUGGACGGCGGUGGAGGGGGCCGGCUUCUCCAAGCUGCAGCUGCAGCGCCUGCAGGCCCCGCUGUCCUGGCCGCUGGUGCGCCCGCACAUCUGCGGCUUCGCCGUGAAAUAG